UUCAAUCAAUCAAUAAAAAUUCAGUUUACCCAUUCCUUAUAAUUUCAAUCGCUCCCAUUUAAUCGCAAAGUUAUUAUUAUUAUUUUUUUUUUUUUCUGGUUGGCUUAUUUAUUUUUGCCCCAUUUUUUAAAAAUAAAUGCACUGCAACUUGUCUUGAAAUCUGGGGUUAAAAAAGAAAAAGAAACUUCGCUAUUGGGUUUUCUGGAAAUCUCAGAAACGAUUUUUUUGGGUUUUCUAUACUUCGCUUCCUUACAUUAGCUUUGGUGUUUUUUUUUUUGUUGGGUGUGAGGACAUUUUUCCAUGGUGAUUGCUGCAGCUGUCAUCGUGCCUUUGGGCCUUCUCUUCUUCAUAUCUGGUCUCGUUGUCAAUCUUAUUCAGGCACUUUGCUAUGUCCUCAUUCGGCCGCUGUCUAAGAACACUUACAGGAAAAUCAACCGGGUGGUUGCUGAAACCUUGUGGUUGGAGCUUGUUUGGAUAGUUGACUGGUGGGCUGGAGUAAAGAUCCAAGUGUUUGCUGAUAAUGAGACCUUCAAUCGAAUGGGCAAAGAACACGCUCUUGUCGUUUGUAAUCACCGUAGUGAUAUUGAUUGGCUUGUUGGAUGGGUUCUGGCUCAGCGGUCAGGUUCCCUGGGAAGCGCUUUGGCUGUAAUGAAGAAGUCUUCCAAAUUCCUUCCAGUCAUAGGCUGGUCAAUGUGGUUCUCAGAGUAUCUGUUUCUGGAAAGAAAUUGGUCCAAGGAUGAAAGCACCCUAAAGUCAGGUCUUCAGCGCUUGAGUGACUUUCCUCGACCUUUCUGGCUAGCCCUUUUUGUGGAGGGAACUCGCUUUACAGAGGCUAAACUCAAAGCAGCACAAGAGUAUGCAGCCUCCUCUGACUUGCCUAUCCCUCGAAAUGUGUUGAUUCCUCGCACCAAAGGUUUUGUGUCAGCUGUUAGUAAUAUGCGUUCAUUUGUCCCAGCCAUUUAUGAUAUGACAGUGACUAUUCCAAAAACUUCUCCACCGCCCACGAUGCUAAGACUAUUCAAAGGACAACCUUCUGUGGUACAUGUUCACAUCAAGUGUCACUCCAUGAAAGACUUGCCUGAAUCAGAUGACGCAAUUGCACAGUGGUGCAGAGAUCAGUUUGUGGCUAAGGAUGCUCUGUUAGACAAACACAUAGCUGCAGACACUUUCCCUGGUCAACAAGAACAGAACAUUGGCCGUCCCAUAAAGUCUCUUGCGGUGGUUCUAUCAUGGGCAUGCGUACUAACUCUUGGAGCAAUAAAGUUCCUACACUGGGCACAACUAUUUUCGUCAUGGAAAGGUAUCGCGCUAUCGGCGCUUGCUCUGGGUAUCAUCACUCUCUGUAUGCAGAUCCUGAUACGCUCGUCUCAGUCAGAGCGUUCGACCCCAGCCAAAGUGGUUCCAGCAAAGCCAAAGGACCAUCACAACUCAGAAUCAUCCUCCCAAACAGAAGUGGAGAAGCAGAAGUAAAAAAGUGGAUAUCAAAGAUCAAACAACAAACACAAGAAGAAAAGCGUGUCAGUUUUGUUAUAAGAAACAAAAAAAAAAAAAAACUCCCCAAGUGAAAAUCCCUUAAUUAUAUUGUCAACUCCGUUUUGUUCAUCUACUAUUUACUACUACGACUCUCAGCCUUAUGUCUAUUAGUCGAUUGAUGUAUAGGGUCAUGAUCAAAUCAACGAUUUUAUCCCUAUAGACCUUGGGGAUAUUUUUCUCAAGCGCAUAGGCCUUGUAUAACUUUCUAUUACUAGAUUGGAAUUUGGGAUUUGAAGAUA